AUGGUCAACUCCUGUUGUGGCUCCGUCUGCUCUGAGCAAAGCUGUGGCCAGGAGGCCUGCUGCCAGCCCAGCUGCAUGCAGACCACCUGCUGCAGGACCACCUGCUGCCGCCCCAGCUGCUGCGUGUCCAGCUGCUGCAGGCCCCAGAGCUGCAUCUCCAGCUGCUGCAGACCCCAGUGCUGCAUCUCCAGCUGCUGCAGGCCCCAGAGCUGCAUCUCCAGCUGCUGCAGACCCCAGUGCUGCAUCUCCAGCUGCUGCAGACCCCAGUGCUGCAUCUCCAGCUGCUGCAGGCCCCAGAGCUGCCAAUCUGUGUGCUGCCAGCCCACCUGCUGCCGCCCCUCCUGCUGCCGCCCCAGCUGCUGCAUCUCCAGCUGCUGCCAGCCCUCCUGUGGUGGCUCCAGCUGCUGCCGCCCCUGCUGCUGCCGCCCCUGCUGCUGCCGCCCCUGCUGCUGCCGCCCCUGCUGCUGCCUGCGUCCAAAGACCUGCUGCCAGCCCAGCUGCAUGCAGACCGCGUGCUGCAUCUCCAGCGGCUGCCGCCCCUGCUGCUGCCCGUGUCCAGCCUGUGGCAGGGUUUCCGGCCAUACCACUUGCUACCACCCAACCUGUUCUGUCUCCAUCUGCCCCCGCCCCAUGUGCUACGCCACCCUUUGCUGUUGA